AUGAUGACUGUUACCAGUUAUUUAGGAGUUACUGCUCAUUUUUUGCAUAAUGAUAGUCCUGUGUCUCGUUGCAUAGCCACCGUUGCUCUAGAUGAAAGGCAUACUGGUGAAUACAUAGCUGCAAAAUUGAAUGAAAUUUGUACAAGCAUGCACAUCAAUACAGAAAAAAUAUCUGCGAUAGUGACAGACAACGGCGCGAACAUAACAGCAGCUACAACAAUUUUUGUUGGGAAAAACCAUCACUUGCCUUGCUUUGCCCAUACACUAAAUAUCAUCGCUGAAUCUGCAAUGUCAGUUAAUGAUUGCAAUUUAUUAAUAAGCAAAGUGCGUGACAUUGUAAAAUACUGCAAGAACAGUGUAAUUGCCAGCGAUGCGUUACGAGAAAAGCAAGCUCGCUCUCAACCUCUUAAACUGAUUUUGGAUGUAAAGAUAUGGUGGAAUUCCGUUUAUUAUAUGCUCCAGAGAUUUAUUGAGCUAACGCCUAUAGUACAUCAAGCCUUAAUGUUGAAUGUUAAAGCACCGCCCACACUCUCAGCUUUAGAAAUUCAAAAUAUUAAAACAUUGAUGAGUAUUUUGAAACCACUAGAAUAUGUUACCAAAGAGCUGUCGGGUGAACGAUGUGUGACUAUAAGCAAAAUUAUACCGAUUGUGAAUUGCCUGAAGGCGCAGAUUAAUGAUGUAUAUGUGUCUGUAGGUGAGGACUACGAUGAUAUGACAGUACUACAUGCGGUAAAAAAAGAAAUGAUUAAACAAAUAGAACGCCGAUUCGGAUGCAUUGAAGAAAACUACAAUACUUAA